AUGACAAUCCAGCCUGUCCAACUUCCCGAAACCGUUGUGAUUGGUGUGCUUGCUUUACAAGGAGCUUUCAUUGAGCAUAUACACUAUUUGCAACGGUUACGUCCUCAGUAUCAUACUAUCAGAGCGAUACCUAUACGUACUCUCGAAGAGCUCAAGCAAUGUCAUGCGUUAGUCAUCCCAGGAGGUGAAUCGACGGUCAUAUCGUCAAUAGCAUCACAUACUCCUGGGCUAAUAGAAGCCCUGAUUGAAUUCGCUCAGAACCCAGAAAAAGCAGUUUGGGGCACAUGCGCGGGUAUGAUCUUGAUGGCUGACGAAGAUGGGAUCGGAGGUGGAAGGAAGAAAGCUGUGAAAGGUUGGAAUGGCAUUGGCGGAAUGAAAGUUUGGAGAAACCUGUAUGGUAAUCAACUAGAAUCAUUCGAAGCCCCUCUUCAUAUUCCAUCAAUAUCAAAUCCCUCAAAGCCAUUCAAUACCAUAUUCAUCCGUGCUCCAGCUGUUCAUUCCCUCUCACCUGACUCACAAGUGGAAGUUAUCGCUCAAUUACCUGAAAAUUAUCGACCUUCUCUUCCUCCUUCGGAUUCACCUCUAGGAGAACCUAAUCCAGAUGAUUUGGGUAAAGUUUGGCUGAAAAAAGGUAGAAAGAUGGUCACUAGCUUUCAUCCUGAAUUGAGCGGGGAUACUAGAGUGCAUGAAUUCUGGGUAGAGAGAUGUGUUUUAGGCAGAUGA